AAUGGUUUCCUUAUCUUCUUAGUUCUCCACUAAACUACAGAAAAUAUAUAUAUAUAACGAAAAAAACUCUUGUAAUUGAAAAAACAAUUACUACCUCUCUCUGCAGGAUUCAUUGAAAUGGCUGAAGCUAUCAUGAGCUUCACAGUUAUCAAGUCACAUAUGCACAGUGCUGUCCACACAACAAAAUUUGACUCAAACCCAUUGAUGAAGUCAGUAAAUCUCAAGAAUUGUUCAAGCUCUGGUUUUGGCAAUGGUUGGCCUCAAAUUGAAGGAAGAAAGAGCAAAAGAGGUUCUUUAAGCAGAGGGAAUGCCUUCCCAGAUUGGCCACUGAUGGCAGUUCUAGUUGAGCAUAUGGAAGGCCAAAGAGAUAUCAUCACCCACAAAUCUAUUUGGCAUCUCAAUGAUGAACAAAUAAAGAAUGUCUAUACUCUUUAUGUCAUGUUCACAUGUUGGGGAGUUUGUUUCUUUGGUUCCACAAAAGAUCCAUUCUAUGAUUCAGAAGACUACAGGAAAGAUGGAGGAGAUGGUACUGGUCAUUGGGUCUAUGAGAAGCAAGAAACAAUUGAAGAAUCUGCUAGAGCGGAGUUGUGGCGUGAGGAGCUGAUUGAGGAGAUUGAGCAGAAAGUUGGGGGGCUGAGGGAGUUGGAAGAAGCCGGCAAGAAGGAGGAGGAGCUUGUUAAGUGAUUGUUGUUUUAUAGUCUGCAUUUGUUUUCCAAUAUGAAUUUUAUUUGUACCUUGCUACAAAUGUUGUAUAUAUAACAUCAACCUUUACAUGAUUGCUUUA